UUAGGAUUAAUAAUAAGCUGCUUUCUCUUCCUCUGCAGGUGAAGAUUGAAGAUUGAAGAUUAAGAAAGAACAUGGGCAGUUUCAAAACUGUUUGUGUUUUCUGUGGAAGUAAAUCAGGGAACAAAAAAAUAUUCAGUGAUGCAGCCCUUGAUCUUGGAAGAGAACUGGUGGAGAGAAAGAUGGAUCUGGUUUAUGGAGGAGGAAGUGUUGGGCUUAUGGGUUUGGUCUCUCAGACUGUUUUCAAUGGUGGAUGUCAUGUUCUUGGAAUUAUUCCAACAGCUCUUGUUCCACUUGAGAUAUCAGGCCAUGCAGUGGGAGAAGUAUUAGUUGUCUCAGACAUGCAUGAAAGGAAGGCUGAGAUGGCACGCCGCGCCGACGCCUUUAUCGCAAUUCCGGGAGGAUAUGGAACAAUGGAGGAGUUGCUUGAGAUGAUAACAUGGUCUCAACUUGGAAUCCACAACAAACCAGUUGGUCUUCUAAAUGUUGAUGGAUAUUAUGACUGCUUGCUUGGACUGUUCGACAAAGGAGUUGAGGAAGGGUUCAUAAAGUCUUCUGCAAGGGACAUUGUGAUCUCUGCUAAGAAUUCCCAAGAACUGAUAGAGAAAAUGCAGGAAUAUACACCAAUGCAUGAACAAGUUGCAGCUAGUACAUGCUGGAAAGUGGAAGCACGUUGA